AUGAACUCAGAAACCGUCGAGACUAUUCGGGCGGUCAUCCCCUUACUCCCUCUCAUUCUCCGUCACUCUCUCCUUCACAUUCUCCGCAUCUCAGAUACGGCCAAGUAUCUCGACCUUCAUAGCUCCCUCGUGGUCGCCUGCCUCCGCGAGCUGCUCGUCCCCCCAAACCCCCACAGCAUCUCUUCCACGCAGAAGCUCACCCUUCGAGAUCCCGGCAUAAGAGGCCACAUAUGGGUCAGCAAGUAUGCCAGCCCGAGGCCACCAGAGACUUCCAUCCGCGACACCCUCAUCAGCACCCUCGAACGUCUCGGGGGCGCCACCACAUGCCGGGUCCCGGUGCCCGACCUGGUCGACGUCGAGGCCGAGUGGACUGGCCACCGCCCCGGUGUGGCCCGCGGCGCUCCGCUGCCUGACGUGUCGGAGCGGGAGCGGUACCACGGCAUGAUGCGCGAGUGCCGCCGUCCGACGACGGUCCUGUACUUGCACGGCGGCGCCUACUACCUCUGCGACCCCUCGACGCACCGCCCCGCGACCAAGAAGCUGGCCGAGCUGACGGGUGGCCGGUGCUACUCGGUGCGUUAUCGCCUCGCACCACAGCACCCGUUCCCUGCUGCGUUGCUCGAUGCGCUGGUGUCUUAUUUCACCCUGCUGUACCCUCCUCCGGAUGCGUACCACGAUCCUGUGCAGCCGGAGCACAUUGUGAUUGCCGGUGAUAGUGCUGGCGGCAAUCUUGCGCUCUCGCUGCUCCAGCUCAUUCUCGAGCUCCGUCAGCAAGACUCUCGGAUUCUAUGGCACGGCGAGCUGCGUGAGGUUCCAAUGCCAGCUGGCAUUGCAGUUAACUCUCCCUGGGUAGACGUCACACAGAGCUCGCCGACAUGGGAGAUGACCACGCCGACGCCGUACGACUACCUCCCUAAGCCCGAGACCAUGGACAAACUGGAUAUCCCGCCAUGUGAUGCCUGGCCCUCGAACCCGCCAAGGCGCAACAUGUACAUUGCCGACGACCUAGCAGCGCACCCGCUAGCAUCUCUCGUCAUGGCUCGUAGCUGGAAGGGCGCGCCGCCCGUCUACAUAUGCACAGGAUGGGAGAUCCUCGCCUACGAGGACAAGUACCUCGCGCGUAAGCUCGAGGCCGACGGCGUGCGGGUCGUGUUUGAGGAGUACGAGGCCAUGCCGCACUGCUUCGCGCUGCUACUGCGCGACGUACCCGCCACGCGCCGGUGUUACGACGGAUGGGCGGCUUUCAUCCGCGCCGCUGUAGAAGACCCCGCAGCGAUUGAGACGAGAGCUGUGACAGUCAAGGCGAGGACAUUGGAAGAGGUGCCAUUGCGGUUUGAAGAGCUCAGCGAUGUGUCAGAGAAAGAGAUACAAGAGAGGCCUUCCAUAAUCCCCGUUAUCAAUCAUAUCGGCAUCGUCAUCACCCCCAUCGGCUCCGCCCCCACAGCCUCCGGCUUCCGAACCCGACACCGGCCGGACCCACUAAAAUUCUCCAACUUGCCUGAUCCGCAAGCUCCAAGCUCCCUCCAACAUCAUUCAACCACCAUCCCCGAGGGGUUCCCCACGAUACCAAUGGAGCGCCACAAGCAGGCUGUCGCCUCCAUUGCCUCGGCCGUCCGCGGCUUCUUCGAGCGGCGCGAGCCAUACCGCAUCUUCCAUGGCUCCACGAACAGCACCCGUCCUCAGCUGACCGGUAAGCCCGUCGUCGACAUCAGCGCCCUUCGCAAUGUUCUCCAGGUCGAUCAUGCCGCUCGCACCGCCCUUGUCGAGCCCAAUGUGCCAAUGGAUAAGCUCGUCGAGUCCACUCUCAAGCAUGGUCUCGUCCCCCCCGUCGUCAUGGAGUUUCCCGGCAUCACAGCCGGAGGCGGCUUCGCGGGCACGGCGGGCGAGAGCUCAUCGUUCAAGUACGGUUUCUUCAACGAUACGGUCAAUUGGGCCGAGAUUGUGCUCGGAAACGGAGAGGUUGUUCGUGCGUCGCGGGAGGAGCGUGCUGACCUCUUCCGCGGCGCCGCUGGUGCCGUCGGCUCCCUCGGCGUGACCACGCUGCUUGAGCUGCAGCUCAAGGAGGCUAAGAAGUUUGUUCGCACUACAUAUCAUCGCACCAGCAGCGUCGCCGAGGCCGUUGCCCGUAUCCGCGCAGAGACCGAAAACCCCGCCAACGACUACGUCGACGGUAUCCUCUUCUCCAAGGACCAUGGCGUAGUUGUCACUGGUACCCUGACCGAUGACAAGCCCGCCGAUACCAAGAUCCAGACCUUCAGUGGUGCCUGGGAUCCCUGGUACUACCUCCACGUCCAAGAUCGCACUCGCAACGUUCCCUCCGCUGGUCCUACCGUUGACUCCGCCGCCUCGUCCUCCUCUCCUGUCGAUUACAUCCCCCUCGCUGAAUACUUCUUCCGCUAUGACCGUGGCGGCUUCUGGGUAGGCGCAGCAGCCUUUGACUACUUCAAGGGUGUACCCUUCAACCGAUUCUUCCGCUGGUUCCUCGACGACUUCCUCCAUACUCGCAUGCUCUACCGCGCCCUCCACGGCAGCGGUGAAUCCGCCCGCUUCAUCGUUCAGGACCUCGGGCUGCCCUACCGCACCGCCGAGGCCUUUGUCGACUACACGGCCGAGAACUUUAACAUCUGGCCCCUUUGGUUGUGUCCCCUGAAACAGACUCCUCCUCCCACCUUCCACCCGCACACUGGUGAGGCCGAGACUGCUGCUGACGGCACUGUGUCGACCCCUCCGUCUCUGAACAUUGGCUUAUGGGGCUGGGGCCCCACUGACCCGGAUGAAUUUGUUACCAAGAACCGCGCUCUCGAGGACAAGCUUGUCGAGCUAGGCGGUCUUAAGUGGCUUUAUGCGCACACCUACUACAACGAGGAGGAGUUCUGGAAGCUCUAUGACAGACCCUGGUAUGAGGCUCUUAGGAAGAAGUACCACGCCGAUACGCUACCGACCGUCCACGACAAGGUCAAGGUUGAUGUCGAGGCCCGCAAGGAGCAGCGUCAGAAGUGGAAGCGCUCCCUCAAGAGCAAGCCGCCGUUGGGUGGUCUGUAUGGUAUCUGGAAGGGUAUCCAGAGCAAGGAUUACAUGCUGCAUCGCCACGCCGAGUGGAAGUUCAAGGAGAAGAAAUAG